AUGUAUCUCCGCAGGGCGGUCUCCAAGACGCUGGCACUGCCUCUGAGGGCGCCCUUCGGCCCCGCGCCGCUCCGGAAGGACGCAUCUCUUCGCUGGAUGUCGUCUAACAAAUUGCCUGGAUCAUCUGGAUCAAAUAUGAUCUAUUAUCUGGUUGUAGGUGUCACAGUCAGUGCUGGUGGAUAUUAUACUUACAAGACAGUCACAUCAGAGCAAGCCAAACACACGGAACAUAUAACAAAUUUGAAAGAAAAAACCAAAACAGAGUUACAUCCACUUCAAGGUAAAAAAGAGAAGGUGGCGGGAGCUGAGAAAGCAAGUUCAGAAGCGUGUGAAGUAUCUUUCGUGGAAGUUCCGGAGGUAGAUGCGGAAUAUAGUCCAGAUGCUACAGUUGCAGCCAUAGAGGAGGCUUCAGCCUGUCCCGGGGAUACGGAGGCCGCUCCGGCGGAGACCGACGCGGUCAGUGCUGAAGCUGGGCCAGAGGCGACCGCCGCAGCGCUGGGUGCAACCGCACAAGGCAGUGCUGAAAUGCCCUCAGAGGCUCAGAAUGCAGCUUUGGAUGAAACUGUUGCCGGAAAUGAUGAUAAAGGGACAACAGAGAAGGAAAGCUCUGGUGAAAGUGCUGAACGAGAAGAAAAGAAUCGCCCCGUUGAAUCAGAAUCCUCUGCUGGGGUUGAUUUACAGGAGGAAGCCAGCGUUGGUUCCGACGCCGCCCUGGCUCAAGGCUAA